AUGGAUUUCGUUCAUUGCAAUCACUGUUUUCAACGAAAUAGUAAAGAAGGAUAUAUCUUAUCAUCAUGUUUUCACAUAUUUUGUCACAAAUGCGUCAAAAAAGAUGCGACCAGUUGUCCAUUAUGCAACAAAAAAAUUCGACUCGUUCUGCUAGAUGGAAAUAUUAGCUCUGGAGUUAAAGCAUAUUUUGCUGAUCCUCUGAAACUGAUCACCGAUAAUUUGACGAAAUUACAACGGAAAUUUGAAUUUCAAGAAAAUAUGCGAGUUCGUCUUCUUAAGCAUUUAAUAAAAGAGAAAGAGAAAAAACGACAAAUGGAAUUGUACUUCCGCAAAAAAGGACAAGAAUUCGAAUCACAGAAGAAAAAACUGGCAGAGGCGACCGCAUGGAUUCAAGCUGCUGAGAGAAGGCUUCAAGCAAGCGAAGAGGAAAAAUUGAAAGCACAAAAAGAGAUGGAGGAAAUGCGGGCUAAACUAAAAUUAUUGUCGAAUGCCACGAGUCAACAGCACCAUGCAAGCACGUCUUCAUAUUCAUUCGUUCCACCUGAUUCGCCAAAACCAGGGAUGGCAGCUUCAAUGAUUGAAUCAUCUCCCAACUCCACUUUCAAUUUAGUAUCACCGCUAGUUCAUUCUCCAGCUCUAUCAAACAAUUCGGUUAAUUAUCAUGGAUUUUUCGCAAAUGGAGAAGUUCAAUCCACUGGAACAGAAGGGUUCAAUGAUGAGCUGAUGUUUAACACCAUCAGUAGUGGUCAGUCAGCACAAGCAAACGUAUCGAAUAGUUCAGCAUUCAGUGCAGCUUUUAAUAAUCUGUUUACACCUAAUCGAAAUCUGAAUGCUACAAGUCACUCGAUGGCAAACCAAACAGUUUUAAACCAGACAGCGUUGAACAAAACGAGUAUUUCAUUAGAUAACUGGAGGCAAAGUGAAUCGGAUUCCUUUGGAAAGCACGAUAUGUCCAAAAAAGAUUCAUCCCUGCCAUUGAAAAACUGUGUUACAUCGUCAGCCAGACAUCAUCAAUAUACUCAUGAAAAAGUCCGCAAUGCUCCACCUCCUUCUCAGCAUCGUCGAAGUAUGGGUAUGGAUCGUCAGCAGCUACGAGAUAUGCGUCGAAUCUCCUCUCAACCCGGAUACCUCGCCCGAAAAAAGUCCAUCAAUAACAGGAGCAAUUAUAUGGAACAUGAAAAUUAG